UUACACUAAACCGCUUCCAACAGGCAGUGAGCUAGACAGCCUUCAUUAGGACCCUUUAGAGGAGAUGGUUGCUACGCAAAGAAGACGCAGUGGCUAAACCGUUGUCAUAGAGACGCGGCCUAGUGUUUAGUUAAUGUUUUGCUGCCGAAAGUGCGCCAGGUCUUAAGGCCGAACUGUACAUAAAAAUGGGGUUGGAGACGGAGCCGCUUCUCCAGGCCUGGAGCUACUUUCGGCGAAGGAAGUUUGAGCUCUGUUCUCAGACGUGCUCGCGGAUCCUGGAGCAGGAGCCAUAUGACCAGGUAGCAUGGAGCCUAAAAACCCGUGCCCUUACUGAGAUGGUCUAUGUGGAUGAAAUUGAUGUUGACCAGGAGGGAAUAGCAGAAAUGAUGCUGGAUGAAAAUGCAAUUGCUCAAGUAGCUCGCCCUGGAACAUCGCUGAAGCAAGCAGUAGGGAAGAAAUUUGAUGGCCCAAGUCCAGCUGUCAGACCAGUAACUCAGUCUGGAAGACCUAUUAGUGGGUUUGUACGUCCAAGUACACAGUCUGGUCGUCCCGGAACCAUGGAGCAGGCUAUCAAGACCCCAAGAACUGCAAGUACAGCUCGUCCUAUCACCAGCACAUCUGGACGAUAUGUGCGCCUAGGAACGGCCUCUAUGCUUACAAAUCCAGAUGGACCAUUUAUAAAUUUGUCCAGACUAAAUUUGGCUAAUUAUGUGCAACAUCCCUACCUGGCAAAGACUUUGUUUGAAUACAUUUUCCACCAUGAAAAUGAUGCGAAAAAUGCAUUGGAACUGGCAGCCCUUGCAACUGAAGAAUCCAAUUUCAAAGACUGGUGGUGGAAAGUGCAACUAGGAAAAUGUUAUUAUAGACUAGGAUUGUACCGAGAAGCUGAAAAGCAGUUUAAAUCAGCCCUGACGCAACAGAACAUGGUGGAUAUAUUUCUUUACCUUGGAAAGGUGUACAUACGGAUGGACCAGCCCCUGACAGCAUUAACUGUUUUUAAGCAAGGAUUAGACCGGUUUCCCAAAGAAGUGAGCAUUUUGUGUGCUGUGGCCCGAAUCCAUGAGGAAAUGAACAACAUGUCAUCUGCCACAGAGUACUACAAGGAAGUUCUCAAACAGGACAAUACUAAUAUAGAGGCCAUUGCCUGUAUUGGAAGCAACCAUUUCUACACUGACCAGCCAGAAAUAGCACUUCGCUUCUAUAGGCGACUCCUACAGAUGGGUGUUUAUAAUUGCCAGCUCUUCAACAAUCUUGGUAUGUGUUGCUUUUAUGCCCAGCAGUAUGAUAUGAUUCUUACUUCUUUUGAACGAGCAUUGUCUUUGGCUGAAAAUGAAGGUGACGUAGCUGAAGUUUGGUAUAACCUUGGACAUGUAGCUGUGGGUAUAGGGGACUUGAAUUUAGCAUAUCAGUGCUUCAAGCUGACUUUGUCCAAUAACAAUGACCAUGCAGAAGCCUACAAUAACUUGGCUGUCCUCGAGAUGCGCAAAAAUCAUGUUGAGCAGGCCAGAGCUCUCUUACAAACCUCGUCUUCUCUAGCACCGCACAUGUAUGAGCCACAUGUUAACUUCGCUUUCUUGUCUGAGAAGAUUGGAGACCUUCAGAGCAGUUAUGUAGCUGCACAGAAAUCAGCAGCUGCUUUCCCUGAUCAUGUUGAAACUCAACAACUUAUUGAAAAAUUAAGACAACAUUUUGCAGUGAUUUAAUAUAUUGCAUGCACAGCUGUUAAUACCAAGCCUAAAUGGUGACUUCAGACCACUAGAUUUAGGAUCUUUGGGUAAAUGCAAAUAGAGACUGCAGUUUGCACAUAAAAUACCAACGCUUUAACCAGUUCCAGGCCAGCAAACUAGAAUCUACAGUAAGUUGCUGGCAAGGUAACUGAGAGUUUGUGGAUUUUGUGUUUCUCUAUUCUAUCCAACAGUAAAGAAGAGUGUAGGUAGGCAAUAUUUAGUUCCAGAGCAGUCACUGGCAGGGAAAAGUUAACCCAAUAAGUAGUUUCAAAGGAUUUAUUAUCCAUGUGUCCGAUAGAUCAGAAGCAAUACAGUCUGUUACUAGCCGGUUUAGGCUACCAGAAUUUGUAUUGCAAUAAAGAUGUAUAAACAGAACUGUAGCACUAAGAAUGUUUAGAGGGAUUCUAUCACGCGGAACCAUGUAUUUUUAUUUUUAUUUUUUACAAAAAGAUUCCAGCAGAAUCUUGGAUUGAAAUUCAUUUUUUCAAAAGAGCAAACCGAUUUUUUUAUAUUUAAUUUUGAAAUUUGACAUGGAGCUAGCCAUUUCUUUGCUUUCCCUGGUGCCCUUAGCGAAGUCUACUGAGCUACACCUCUCUCCAUUUUUCCCCCAAAAGCCGAUCAGCGUGUAGAUAAUACGAUAGCAGCUUCCUGACAACUGUACUGCUAAAAAUGCUCCCAUGUCCCACCUAAUGGUAGAUAUGAUAAUAGCACUCAAAAGUAAAAAUCCAAGUCUGGCUCACCUAAUUCAUGAAUCCUCAAUUUACAGUAGGAGGAGUCUAAACAGUUCCAGUGUGUAGCGCUGGCUCUUUCUGAAAGCUCAGGAUCAGACACAAUGCACGGAGAUGGCUGCCUACACACCAAUAUUCAAGAAUACCACAAAUCCCUUUAAGUAAAAAAUCUAUUUUCCCCUGCUUCAAUAAUAGCCCAAAGAUUAUUAUUUUCAAUGCUUUAAUAAAAAAAUACUGUGAUAAAACUCUUCUUCUGGUUUUCUCAAAUAAUGCUAACAUGCAACACUAUGCAAAAUCCAACAUGCGACGCUCCACAUCUCCUCCUAGCCCGCCUUCUGCCAAAACUGGAAAUUGUUGCCACUGUACGGAUGAUUUUUUAGCCUGCCUUUAAAUAGUUCUGUCUUCAUCUAAAUUCCUUCAGCUUAGGUUCCGAGAGGGGGCACUAAUAAAAAAUUAGUGUUACAGUUCCUUUAAGCAGCCCUAUAGCUAUUUACACCACUGAAAGGCCACAUUUAACUUUAUUUUUUUCCCUUUUGUACUUGUCCAGUGAAAAUGUAAAAGCAUAAUGAUAUCCUGUUGGCAUUGUUUCCCUAGUUUUUUAUAAAGGUGCUGACUCAUAUUGUCCCUUUGUUACCACUGCCCUUCAGUUAUUGCUCACUAGCAAAAUGUAUAACUAGAACUAUCCACCUGUCACCACUACCUAAUACUAAUACUAUUUGGGGCACACAUGGUGUACAAAAAGCAAAAAAUAAUAUAAAUUACAAAGAUGCCACAUAUAAAGAGUUGAGGUGCUGUGAGCUGUGCUGUAGUUCAGCACCACCACACUAAUACCUAGUAAGUGGUUUCAUUUCAAUUAAUCAUAAAAAAGUAACAUUUAUUCAGACUCCAGGACAAAAGUUAAAAACCAUACAUACAGGGGUGGCCAGAAUGUAUAAUGAGGUGCUGAUAAUCGAUGAGAAUGCAUGCAAUGGAAGGGUUCCUUCUGAAUUCAAUAAGAUCUCCCUUCUGUUGUCCAGGAAUUGGCCCUAAACUUUCUAAGGGCAUUUCAUCCUGCAAUCUCCUGUGGUGAAUCUUUAAUGAGUUCCAUCUCUGGGGAAUAGAGGAAGAAACAUCUGUGUGUAAGAGCCCUAUACUAAGAAAAUUGAGCCAGUCCCCAACAUUGCAAGGUCUGACAGUUGAAAUGUACAUCAGGAGCAAUGGGCUGUAUAAACUUAUUUUUGGGGGCUAUAAAACAGGAGGGAAUUUUGAAGUUCAUCACUAUUAUGAGAUAAUUACAAUUAGUCCAGUUGGCCAAGGGCACAGUCCUGGACAGGUAGGGAAGGUUUAUGAAUUUUGGAGUGCAUUCUUUCGUUGCUAGCAUUUUCCUCCUAAUUAGCACCUCAGUAUACAAUUUUGUCACCUUAGUGUGUAUGGUUGGUAACUUUUGUAUGGCUUUUAAAGUCUUUUUAAUGGCAUGGAUAAAUAAUACGCUUUAACCUUUUUUUGAUUCCUCAAAAUGGGCCGGUGAAAAACAGUAAAAAUUUGUGUGUUUUCUAAAACCUUGGGUAGUUGGGAUUUAUUAAAAAAGAAAACUAAAAGCUGGUGAUAUGUCUAUGAAGAUUUUCA